GUCUGAGAAUCAACCACGCUUCCAUUCCCGACCUUUCACCUCCUCACCGAUUUAAAUUUAAUUCAAAAAACCAAACUAACACAACCAUAAAAACCAACAGAAACUCUCUUUAUGCAUCAUUCUCAGGUUUUGUAGUUGAAUCCUGAAUCCUCAAAAUGGGUAUUACCGUCAAUUCAGAUUCAAAGCCAACAACAGUUGAGAUCAAAGAGCUGAAAUUCACUUAUCCUGGAAUCGACGGCCAUCCUCCGCCGGGUUCCAAACCUCUCAUACAAGACUUCUCUCUCAACCUCUUCUCCGGUGAUCGGUGCCUUCUCGUCGGAUCCAAUGGUGCCGGAAAGACUACGAUUCUGAAGAUAUUGGGAGGGAAACACAUGGUGGAGCCGGACAUGGUUCGUGUUCUUGGAAGAUCGGCUUUUCAUGAUACAGCUUUGGAAUCUUCGGGUGAUUUGUGUUAUCUUGGUGGUGAGUGGAGAAGAGAUGUUGCUUUUGCUGGUUUUGAAGUUCCAAUACAGAUGGAUAUUUCUGCUGAGAAAAUGAUAUUUGGUGUGGCUGGCAUUGAUCCUCAAAGAAGAGCAGAGCUAAUCAAGGUAUUAGAUAUCAAUCUUUCAUGGAGAUUGCACAAAGUAUCUGAUGGUCAGAGAAGAAGAGUGCAAAUUUGUAUGGGCCUCCUCAAACCAUUUAAGGUUCUUCUGCUGGAUGAGAUAACGGUCGACCUUGAUGUUCUAGCCAGAGCUGACCUUCUGAAGUUUCUAAAAAAGGAAUGUGAUGAGAGGGGUGCCACAAUUAUAUAUGCAACACAUAUAUUUGACGGUCUUGACGAUUGGCCAACAAAUAUUGUUUAUGUAGCUCAUGGAAGGCUGCAAUUAGCAAUGCCUAUAGAGAAAGUCAAAGAGAUUAGCAAAUUGUCACUAAUGAGAACGAUAGAAGCUUGGCUACGAAAAGAACGAGAUGAAGAUAGAAGAAAAAGGAAAGAAAACAAGGCGGCUGGCCUUCCUGAAUUUGAAAAGCAAAUUGAUGGAAGCCGUGUGGUUGGGGGGGAUCCUGCACGUGCUUCAGUUCGAGUUACUAAUAAUGGCUGGGCCGCAGGCCGGUUACAUUCCACCAUUGCUGGUGAAGAAAACUUCGUCCUAAGCUCAAACCGAGUAUUGAGGGGGUAAAAUAAUUUUCAAAUUCCGAGUGCUUUUGCUGUUUGAUUUUAUGAAAUUAAAAUAAAAUUUAUUUGCCAAUGCUUUCUGGCUUAUAUAAUCCUAUUUGUUACAUAGAAAAGGUCACAUGUUAUGCAGAUAUAGGAAAGUUAAUGUAUGUAGCCUCCAGAGUGUAUGAUGCUUGAUUAAAAGCAUUUUGUAACCUUGUUAUUACAAAUUUGUAACCUUGUAUUUGUGCAAAAAAAGAGAACAACAGCAGCUGUAAUGAAAUUUUGUUAAAUUA